UAUUUGUUUUCAAUUAUAUUGCACUCACGCAUGAAAAAAUAAAUCCUAAAAUAGAAACAAAUUCAUGCAGAUUAUUAUAAUUGUUAUAUAUUUCUUUUUAACAUAAAAUUAGGCAAUCUAUUUCAAAUGUGACGUUAGCUGUGAAACUCAGUGUACAUAUAAUUACAUAUUGCUAUUUUCUAAGUCAAAUAUGAAUCCGUGGCGACAUUACACUCUAUGAGGAGGUUGGCGAAGGAGACUUUCCCGCGAGCUUCUUCCCCUCAGUCAACAUGGCCGGAAUCUUCAAUUAUUUUAGGCCCAAGACAGAUCAGGAAGCCUAUGAAGAAUAUGUGAGCAGCACUGGAGACUGCUGGACAUGUGACGACGACGAGUAUGAGAGAGUCGCCCGGGAAGCAGAGCACCAACCUCACCUGCAACACCAAACUAAGAAGACAUACUUAGUUUUGUACAGGUCCGAUACUGGCCAAGACACUCCCAGUAUUUACAGUGGUGGGGCGCACCGCUGGCAUGACAAGGAGCAGAUACAUCACGCCAGGAAGACGGAGGGGGCCCAGCACAACACGGAACACCAGGAUAAGCAGCGUGACGGAAAGGAGGAUAAACACAAGGAGCCUCAUGAUGAACAUAAACAUGGCGUCUGCCUGGAUAAGGAGCCUGUGGAUAAGGAGCGUUUGGAUAAGAAGCGUGUGGAUAAAGACCGUGUGGAUAAGGAUAAGGAGCAUGUGGAUAUGGAGUGUUUGCAUAAGAAAUCUGUGGAUAAAAAGCGUAUGGAUAAGAAGCAUGAGGAUCAGGAGCGUGUAGAUAAGGAACGUGAGAAUAAGGAGUGUGACGAUACGGAGCAUGCAUAUGAGGUGCAUGCAGAGUGUGCUGAUACAGAGGGGUUGGAUAAUGAGAGUGAGAAUGAGGAGAGUGAGCAUGAGGAUAUGGAGAGUGUCGAUAUGAAGUGUGUGGAUAAGGAGUGUGAGGGCACUGAGCGUGAAGAUAAUAAUCACGAGGAUAAGGAGUACGAGGAUAAGGAACGUAAUGAUAAGGAGUGCGUGCAUAAGGAGCCUGUGAACAAUGAGCGUGAGUAUAAGGAGCCUGUGAACAAUGAGCGUGAGUAUAAGGAGACUGUGAACAAUGAGCGUGAGUAUAAGGAGCCUGUGGACAAUGAGCGUGAGUAUAAGGAGCCUGUGGACAAUGAGCGUGAGUAUAAGGAGCCUGUGGACAAUGAGCGUGAGUAUAAGGAGCCUGUGGACAAUGAGUGUGAGUAUAAGGAGCCUGUGGACAAUGAGUGUGAGUAUAAGGAGCCUGUGGACAAUGAGCGUGAGUAUAAGGAGCCUGUGAACAAUGAGCGUGAGUAUAAGGAGCCUGUGGACAAUGAGCGUGAGUAUAAGGAGCCUGUGAACAAUGAGCGUGAGUAUAAGGAGCCUGUGGACAAUGAGCGUGAGUAUAAGGAGCCUGUGGACAAUGAGCGUGAGUAUAAGGAGCCUGUGAACAAUGAGCGUGAGUAUAAGGAGCCUGUGGACAAUGAGCGUGAGUAUAAGGAGCCUGUGGACAAUGAGCGUGAGUAUAAGGAGACUGUGGACAAUGAGCGUGAGUAUAAGGAGCCUGUGGACAAUGAGCGUGAGUAUAAGGAGACUGUGGACAAUGAGCGUGAAGAUAAGGAGCCUGUGAACAAUGAGCGUGAGUAUAAGGAGCCUGUGAACAAUGAGCGUGAAGAUAAGGAGCCUGUGAACAAUGAGCGUGAGUAUAAGGAGCCUGUGGCUAUGGAACACUUGUAUAAUGAACUUGAAGAUAAGAUGCGUAAAGAUACAGAGCAAGAGGAUAAGGAGCACGUAAAUAAGGAAGGUGAGGAUAAGGAGCGUGAAGAUCAAGAAGGUGAGAAUAAGGAGCGUGACUGUUAAGAACACACCUCGGAAAAUAACGUCGUCAUGUCUCAUUAGUACUGUUGCACUCUGGCAUGAAGACCUCUGCUGAUAUGACAGUAAAUGUUGCACUCUGGCAUGAAGACCUCUGCUGAUAUGAUAGCUUUUGUGUUGAAAGGAACUAACUUUUGAACGUUCCUCUUACCAGGUAUCUUAAAAAUAUGUAGUGAAAUUAUCAAGGACAAGAAUAAUUCGAAAUGCUUUACUUUUUUAUCAGAGUUAUGCACGUUUUAAUACCCAUAAUA